AUGUCAAUACGGUCUGUUGCAAGAGUAACAGCUCUAUCGCUGUUGUGGAAAUUCACAUCAGCCCAAUUCUGCACGAGUCUGAAGACUGAUACAUGGGCUGGAUAUGUAGAUGCAGUUUCAGAGGCGCUUGAUCAGACUGGUUUUGCAGUCCUGUGUCCUUUUGAGAUCAGCGGUGAUGGGUGUCAAGGAAUGGAAGAGUAUCCCGAAGGCCUAAGAAUAAAGGAAGGACAGUCUCAAGUCUUGAUAAGCUGUGACUCUCUUCUUUUUGGCUACCAUGAAGAGAGUACAGAAUGCGUUGUUGACUGUCCUGGUCGGCACAUCACCGUUCCUGAAUCUUCUUCCCUGACACUGGAGCGAAUGGUCUUUUCCGGUGCCACAGAAUCUUCAAUCAAGGUUGAAGAAGGGGGCACCCUCACAGUCAUCAACUCAAUAUUCAAGGAUAACAAGGCGAAUAGUGAAGAAGGAAAAGGAGGAGCAAUUUUCGUAUUGCCAAACUCUUCCGUGCAUAUCUAUUACAGUCAAUUUGUGCGCAAUACUGCUGACUAUGGUGGAGCCAUAUAUGGUGGUGACUUUUCAUACGUUGAAGUUGUCGAGUCGAUGUUCGAGGAAAACAAAGCAACCAUUUCGGGUGGUGCAUUUGCGGAAGAUGGUUACUCGGAAAGUAGAUUUGAAACCUCCAGUUUCUACAAGAACGAUGCGUCCUUUGGAGGUGCCAUAUAUAUCAAGGAGCUGUCCACUGCGAAAAGCUUGGGCAAUACUUUUGAGAACAAUUUCGCCAUUGAUGGUGGUGCUAUCUUUAGUGCCGGUUUCACCAGCGUUGUUGACUCUACAUUUGAAGAAAAUGCAGCCGCAACUGGCGGAGCUGUAUAUGUUGAAGCUGGCUCAUCGAUGACACUCAGUAGGAGCGAGUUCCGCAGCAAUAGUGCCACCAAAUUCGGUCCUGCAGUAUCAAACCAAUUCAAUGUUCAAGUUGACGCUGCAGAUAAUACUGCCUGUGGAAAUGCAAUGGAAUCAACAGGUGUUCAUUGUGAAGGAAUUCUAAUGUUGGUACCAGGAGAGACAAGUCAAUGUGUGCCAUUCACAAAUGCCUGUGACGCUCCAUCUGCACAGCCAUCGGCAUCACCUGCUCCCUCUGCAGUAUUGAAAUUCGGUGAUGGUGAUGACGGUGCUGUCCAAUUCGAGGAAGACAGUUUGAUGCCGAGCGAUAUGCCUAGUAUGGUACCUAGCGACAUGCCUAGCCUGGUGCCUUCUGAUAUGCCUAGCCUGGUGCCUUCCGAUAUGCCUAGUGUCACACCCAGCGAUAUGCCAAGCCAAUAA